AUCAGCCCAUCUACAUGGCAGUGAAAGGUGUGGUGUUUGAUGUCACUUCUGGAAAGGAGUUUUAUGGACGAGGAGCCCCCUACAAUGCCUUAACUGGGAAGGACUCCACCAGAGGGGUGGCCAAGAUGUCCCUCGAUCCCGCAGACCUCACCCAUGACACUACGGGCCUCACGGCCGAGGAGCUGAAAUCCCUGGACAACGUCUUCACCAAAGUCUACAAAGCCAAGUAUCCCAUCGUGGGCUACACGGCCCGGAGGAUUCUCAAUGAGGACGGCAGCCCCAACCUGGACUUCAAGCCUGAAGACCAGCCCCAUUUUGACACAAAAGACGAGUUUUGAUGUUCCAUCCCGGGGGCGGGGGUGGUGUUCCUGAUUGGGGGGGUGGCAGGGAGACCCUCAGCUGCCAAAUCUGCUGCAAAACAGGCUGCCCGAGCCUCUGGGCACCCGGACCCAAAUAAAGCAGACGUUGAACCCGGAACCCUGAAAGCC